CCGUAGCGGCCAUCUUCUCCCGAGCACCGAGGCUCCAAUCCACAAGCUCCUGAAGUAUCAACUCUGGACACUGAGAGUCGGGCUCCCGGACGUUAAGAGGUGGUCGUGCUUGUAUACCAACAGUCAAAUGAGGAUAUGCAGAAGGACAAGGGAGCAUGAACGACACGACAAAACGGAAAUUAGAGACCUUGCAGCCUGGAGAGUCGAGUUGUCUUGCUCACAGAUUAAUAUACACCCCAAGAAUGCAGAUUGCUUUCCUUUCCAGGACACUGUGAGAGCUUGACAUUUCAGCAGCCUUGAGUCCAACUCCAGGCUGAAGCAGCAGAGUCCUGAGUGCUUCAAAGGAGACUCCAUCUCCAGGUCCUGACCUGUGUGUGGACAGUAAUGGAGCACCAAGAAUUCUUAGGAGUACAAGAGGAGCCUGGGAUUUUUGAAUCUCUGACUGACAGCCCCCAGAGUGAAGCAGUGGCUCAUGAGCUGGAAGAAUUGUCCUUACAUCCUAGCCAGAACCUACCCCCGCUCAAUGAGCGCAAGAAUGUCCUUCAACUGAGAUUACAGCAAAGAAGAACUAGGGAGCAGCUGGUGGAUCAGGGCAUCAUGCCACCUUUGAAGAGCCCUGCUGCCUUCCAUGAGCAAAUUCGUAGCCUGGAAAGAGCACGGACUGAAAACUUCCUCAAGCACAAGAUCCGGAGCCGUCCAGAGCGUGCAGAACUGGUUAGGAUGCACAUACUUCAGGAGACCCUGGCUGAACCAUCAUUGCAGGCCACUCAGCUGAAGUUGAAACGUGCUCGUCUGGCUGAUGAUCUAAAUGAGAAAAUUUCUCAGAGGCCAGGUCCAAUGGAGUUAGUAGAGAAGAACAUCUUGCCCUUUGAUUCCAGCCUGAAGGAUGCAAUUGGUUUGUCAUUUGAUGAAGACAGUGGAGAUGCAUUGUCCCCAGAUCAGCCUGCCAGUCAAGAGUCCCAGGGAUCGUUGCCUUCUCCUGCAGAAAUCAAAUUCAAUGAGGCGUCAUCCCCGACUCUCAGUUCCAUACAACAGCACCAUGCUCUAGUCCUGCAGCAUAACCAGGAGUUACCAAAGCCAACCCCAGUUUCUGAUUUGCAACCUAACCGUUUGAUGACUUCCACCCAGACGAUCACUGGCAUGGCAUCAACAAAACCAACUCCCACACUGGUCAAGCAAAGUCAGCCAAAGUCUGCAAGUGAAAAGAGCCGUAAUAAGAAGAACAAAGAGACAAAGCCACGUGUGAAAAAGCUGAAGUAUCAUCAGUACAUUCCUCCAGACCAGAAAACUGAACCUAGUGAAGUACCAAUGGAUUCCUCAUAUGCACGGCUGCUACAACAACAGCAGGUGUUCUUACAGCUCCAGAUCCUCAGUCAGCAACAGCAACACUACAACUACCAGACCAUCCUUCCUGCACCUCUCAAACCAGUAACUGACAAUCAGAACAGUCCUACUACUGUGGCUUUGACUAACAACAUGCCAACAUCCAUUGUGGUUUCUCUGCCUACCAGCAGUAGUGCCCGCCACAACAGCAGCCUGGCCAAUCGUAAACCUGGGCCACUGCCUGCCAAUCUAGACGACAUGAAGGUGGCAGAGCUGAAGAUGGAGUUGAAACUGAGAGGUCUUCCUGUUUCAGGUACAAAGAUGGACCUUAUUGAGAGGCUUAAGCCAUACCAGGAUCACUCCAAUGGUUCCAACACUUCUUUGGCACCUACUGCAAUACCUGCCAUGUCAGCAACUGACUCUGCAUCAUCUUCUAUUCAAAUGGAGCACAUUACUGCAACCCCACCUGCAUCCCCAGUCAUCUCUGAGCCAUCCAGCCAGACAUUAGAGAGCUGCAUCCUAAUGGAUACCUUCAGUGAGAUCAUAAGGACUGCAUCUCCUGUUCAGCAAGCUCCAAGCUCCUCUCCAUCCAAAGGAAACAUUGAAGAUUUGGGGAUGGAGGUAGAGGCAUCUGACAAGGACCGCAAACUGCAUGAGAAGGAGCGUCAGAUUGAGGAGUUAAAGAGGAAGCUUGAGCAGGAACAACGACUGGUGGAAGAGCUCAAAAUGCAGUUAGAGGUAGAAAAGCGAAGUCAGAUGCAGCUGCCGCCAGUAAGUCUAGCUGGUGAGCAGAUCAAUUCAGCACUGCCUUCUGUCAAAGAAGAGAGUCGGAUAUUGCCCAGUUGCCAGAACAACACACCUCCAGUUAAUCAAGAGCAGUCACAGCAGGCUGUGCCACUGUCUUUGUCCCAGUUCUUUGUCAGCCAUUCAGGGGUACCGCAGGUCCUUGGACAACCUCAUGCACUGUUGGCUACAAUACAACUCCCAGCAGCUAACAUCAGCAUCCAGCCACCGCCCAUGCCCAACUCAGUUGUCCCGACUACAGCAGGCAUUGUUCAGGCUCCCCUACCCACCCCGACUACGGCAGGCAUUGUUCAGACUCCAGUACCAGAAGUUCAAAAUAAGGAGCCUGUGGGAUCAGUGCAGCUUCUGACUCAAAGUUGCCACAUUGCACAGGUAUUUCCACCCAGCACAACUACAAGCACUGGUUACCAAUUCAGCUGCAGUCAGCCAGUAACGACAGGCCAGCAGCAUUUCAAGACCAUCUCUGCUGACACUAAGCAACAACAGGCGUUAAAUGUGUUGGGUCAGAAAGUGCACAAUGGGCCGAAACACAAGACACCACAACAGCUUCAGCCACAGUACCUCCUGCAGCAUCCCAAUUAUGUUAACAUGGCUCCAAAGAUCAAGGAUCCCCCUCGCUAUGAGGAGGCAGUCAAGCAGACCCGCAAUGCUCAGGCUCAGGUCCCCACUGCAAGCAGCCAGCAGAUGGAUGAUCUCUUUGACAUCCUAAUCGAGAGUGGCGAGCUCUCACCGUUUGUCAAACAUGAGAUGGCACACUCCAGAAAAGUGCUGCCUGUCACUGCCAGCAUCACCACCAUGCCAGUGAACACCGUUCUGAGCCGUCCGCCUCCACAGGUGCAAGUGGCACCCACUGCAGUGCAGCUCCCGGAUCCCUCCCACAGCAUGCUGCUCAACACGGACAGCCAACUGGAGGCCUUUCUAGAAGGAUCUCUGAACGCAGAUGUGUGUGUUCCCCAGCCUGGCUCCAGUAAAGCGAACCGAGAGCACUUGACUCUCAUUGAGGACAUUCAGGGCGAGCUACUGAGCCAGUCUGUUUGCUUGGAUCAGCCCAGUUCGCCCAUGGACACCUCUGAACUCCAUUUUGACACAGAUAGUGCAGGCAUCACGUUUGACCUCCAUGACACUAACCUGGACAACAUGGAGUGGCUCGACAUUGCCACGCAGGGACCUGCCCACAGCCUGAACCCUUUGGGAGUAGCAUCUGUAGGCAGCAUGUUUUCUACCGACUUCUUGGAUGUUCACGACCUCCCGUUGCAUUGGGACUGACUGGGAGAGUGGGGACCUGUUGGCUCCUGAAGAGUGGCUCCUUGGCUUGAUUUUUUUUUCCCUUCAAUGUUCACCCAAAAGCACACAUUUUGAUGUGAGGGGUUUCAAAAUUCUCAUACCACAGAAACUGGAUUGUUCAUUUUAUUUAUUUUCUUACUGCUCCAAAGAAGGGAAUUAAUUGACAGAACCCUCAUUUUCUUUGCAAAUGGUGCAUUUACUAUUAAUACUUUAAGGGUUGGGUGGUAAAGGGUGGGAGUCGGCUUGUAGCAUGUUGCAGUGAUAGAAGAAAGACCGCCACAGUCCUGCUCCCCUUUUCUCUCGGUAGCUGCCUGCCAUGCAUGCCCAUUCAGACUAUUGGCUGCUGUGUCUUCUAAAUCCUUGAGGCGUAAAGUUCGAGCGCCAUUUAAAAGAGCUGCGCUCGCCGCUGUGUUUUCAAGCUCACUCUGGCUGAGCCUACACUUAAGGCCACCAUUUUGUAGUUUUUUUUUUUUUUUUUUUUUCACAUCUUCUCUGUUGAGGUUGUAUUUAGUUCUGCUGUUCCUCCCUGUGCCAACCAGAAAACGCCCACCCACCCCAUAAUUCUUUUCCUAAUGGAACUGUCUGCACUGUUGGAUUAGGUGGCCGAAGUUUUAUGCGAGUGUCUGAAUUUGAGACCCGUGCCAAUCUAGGGCAAAGACCGGCUCCUCUCUCCUGCCCCCCCAGCCGACUCUUCCUGUCUGUCCUGUCGGUCUUACAUUAUUUAAGGGAUUGGAACAAAAAAAAAAUCAUCAGUCACACUGGCAUCCCAGGACUGGCUUUGGAAACCGCUGCUCUCGAAGAUUCGAUUGUCCCGACCCAUACCCGUGUAGUGAUGGCCGCUGAUGUUUGGGUUGAAGGCCUUUAGUUAGAACUCCAGUGCUGUUCUGCUAAGAGCCUAACCCCACCUUUGCAUAUGGACAUAAGUGGCGCACGUACUGCCAAAGAGGGGCACGUCGUGGAUCGAUGCCAUUACUGGAUAAGAAGAAGCCAAGGAUUUUUAAUUUAAUUUUUUUUUUUUAAUCGAGGUGUAUAUAUUUAAAGUUUUGUUUUCAAGUCGCUGUGCUCCAGUGUGCUUUUUAUUAACGUGGUCAUUGUAGACAAUUUGAAACCACUAGUGAGGGAAAGCGCGCAUUUCACACUGAGACUUCGGAAUCCUUUUGCAGCUGUGCCACGUUUUUUUUUUUCCUUUUUUAUUUUGCCAAAUUUUACAGAAAAAUUGGUGAAAAAGAGAGAGAGUGAUUCAGAUGAUUCUGCUUUGGGUUUUAAAAGCAGCAGGCAUGGGGAAUCCUAACGAGUAGCACUUUGGGCUGAUGAGAUGUGGAACCUCCUGGAGGUCUGUUAAUCAUCAUAGGUAAGUUGGGUGGGGGUGAUCAGCCAAAAAAAAUCCCCUCCGCAGGAUUCGCCUGACACUGGUGGGGUGAGGAUCUCGCUCCACAGCGCAUGAUGUCUCUGCAGGCUGUACCUUUUGCACAUUGUGUACAUAUUUAUAUAUAUAAUGUAUUGCAUAUUUUUAUACACAUAUCCUACUACACUCUGUUUUGUAAAUAGUGGCAAAUGGUGAACUACAGAUGUUUGUCAUUCAUCAGUCAAUAAACUGCUGCUGUACUGUGAACGUUA